GUCAGCAUCAGCGAAACCAAACAGCAGCAGGCAGCGCCAGAGACAGAGACAGUGUGUGUUCCGUCUCUCACACACAGACACGCACGAGCGCGAGCGCGAGCGCGCGCUGACACACACUCUGGAAGAGCAUCUCUGAUCGUGCGUGUGAAGGAAGAGGGUUUUAUGUGGUCCGCGUUUCUGAUGCCAGUGGUAAACACACACACACACACACACACGCGCGGGCUUGAGGACACGUAUGGACUCGGUCGUGUGACUUAUGGACAGAUAUGAAUGAGGAGGUGACGGCGAGCAGGAGCCGAGGAGACACACAGAUGAGGACACAGCCAAGACCUGGGUGUGUAGAGUGACGCGGAGGGAGGCUCAUGGCUUCCUCAUGGGGCCGGGGCCGGCUGUGGUGUCUGGGUCUGAUUCUGGCCCUCGCGUCCCCUAACCCCUGCUCGGGUUGCCCACCUCGCUGUGACUGCGCGCCUCAGCUCCGCUCCGUGUCCUGCCAGCGCAAGCGCUUAUCCGGCGUUCCCGAGGGCAUCCCGACAGAGACCAGGCUCCUGGACUUAAGCCGGAACCGGUUGCGCUGGGUCGCGCCGGGAGAUCUGGCUCCGUAUCCGCGUCUGGAAGAUGUGGAUCUCAGCGAGAAUCUCAUCACGACGCUGGAGCCCAACGCCUUCGCUAGCCUUCAGGCCCUGCGCUCGCUGAGACUCCGGGGAAACCAGCUGAAGCUCGUGCCCAUGGGAGCGUUCGCACGACUCGCUAACCUCACCACACUGGACCUGAGUGAGAACAAGAUCGUCAUCCUGCUGGACUACACCUUCCAGGAUCUGCGCAGUCUCAAACAUUUAGAGGUGGGGGACAAUGACCUGGUCUACAUCUCUCACAAGGCUUUCUCAGGACUGAUAGGCCUGGAAGAUCUGACCAUCGAGAGGUGCAACCUGACGUCCAUAUCGGGCCAGACUCUGUCGUAUCUGCGAAACCUGGUGACCCUCCGCCUGCGCCACCUCAGCAUCUCCGCUCUCGAGGACCAGAACUUCCGCAAGCUUUCCGCACUGAGAGGACUGGAGAUCGACAACUGGCCCUACCUGGAGUACAUCUCUCCGCUGAGCUUCCAGGGUCUCAAUCUCUCCUGGCUCUUCAUCACCAACACCAACAUCACCUCCGUCCCGUCAGCGUCCUUCCGAAACCUGGCCUACCUGACGUCUCUGAACCUGUCCUACAACCCCAUCUCCGUGCUCGAGUCCUGGGCCUUCAGAGACCUCAUCAGGCUGAAGGAACUGCACAUGAUCAGCACAAACCUGCUGACCGUCGAGCCGCACGCUUUAGGAGGCUUACGGCAAAUCCGAGUCCUGAAUCUGUCCAACAACGAGCUGGUGACUCUGGAGGAGAGUUCGUUCCACUCGGUGAACAGUCUCGAGACGCUCCGAGUGGACGGGAACCCGCUGUCCUGCGACUGCCGCUUGCUGUGGAUCCUUCAGCGCCGACGAACCCUGAACUUCGACGGGAAGAUGCCGGUGUGCGCCGGACCUCCAGAAGUCCAGGGGUUCAUGUUGAGCACCUUCACGGAUUCGGCGUUAUUCGAUUACUUCACCUGUCAGAAGCCGAAGAUUCGAAACCGUAAGUUGCAACAGGUCACGGCAAACGAAGGCCAACCGGUUUCGUUUCAGUGCCGUGCCGAAGGCGAACCGGUUCCGGCGAUUAUAUGGAUCUCGCCUCAGCGAAGACGAAUCACUCCGAAGUCAAACGGGAGGAUUACGGUUCUCCCGGGCGGGACGCUUGAGAUUCGCUACGCACAAGUGACGGACAGUGGUACGUAUAUCUGCAUUGCUAGCAACGCCGGCGGAAACGACACAUACUUCGCGACGCUAACCGUCAAAAGCCAACCGGCGGAUUCGGCGUUCGUCUCCAAUCGUUCGCUGUACGCGGCGGAUUUCAACGACACCGGGCUCAACAGCACGCGUGUUUUCCUGAAGUUCACGCUGGACUUGACCACCAUCCUCGUGUCCACGGCCAUGGGGUGCAUCACGUUCCUGGGCGUCGUGCUCUUCUGCUUCCUCCUGCUGUUCGUGUGGAGUCGGGGACGCGGACAACGCAAAAAUAACUUCACCGUGGAGUAUUCGUUCAGGAAGACCGAAGGGCCGGCCACCACCGCGGGAGCCGGAGCCACGCGCAAGUUCAACAUGAAGAUGAUAUGAAACCACGCAGCCAGGGGCCCAAUGGGGGAAGCUUAGACGCCCAACAC